CAUUCUUAAGCACCUACCGCUCCCCUCCUCCUACCUUCCUCUGAGACACCACUCGUAACCCCCUUCCCCCUCGUAUAAGAAUCAGUGCAUCGCGUGUGUCGAGACCAGUGCCAAACGGGUUGUGAUUCUGUGCGGACUCAGUUUUUCAAGUGUGAUCCCCGCCGACUCGACUAAUCUCGCCCAAUCUCCUCCCCUCGUGUCGUGGACGCAUCCUCCUCCUGUCGUGUUCGCGUCUCCCUCCUUCUCGUUUCGUUCCCUUUCGUUCCCUUCCCGACACGCGAGUAUACACGCGACGUGUAACAACUGGCCGAUUCGUCUAUCGAUUCCAUCGCCCAUCCAUCCAUCCAUUCGUCCGUCCGUCCGUCCGUCCAUCGCGCGAGUACACGCUCGAUGACAAGGUAUCACUGACCCGCGGCAGUCAGAGUACGCGGGGAUACACGCGAGAGGAUAGAGGAUAGGUCUCGCUCGCUCCUUGGUCGCCACGCGCCACCGCGAGUGUGCUUGCCUGCCUGCCUGCCUGCCUGCCUGCCUGCCUGCCUGCCUGCCUGACUGCCUGCCUGCGUGCCACGAGAGUGAUCGUCGUCACAAGUGCUAUGCGAAUAUGACGGUUGGCGAGGAUACGGCGAUCGCUCACGAUCGAGGGGAAAUCGCGAUGGAGGCGAUCCUGGUUCGCGACCAAAGGACCACUUCGCACAGAGUUCUCGAACAUGGAACGUCGCCGAGUAAACCGAUGGGGGCCGAUUGCCCCGGCGUCGGGCCUACCGAUACCAAAUGGUACAAAAGAAUUCUGGAUAAGAGAAGCUUCCUAUACGAAGCUGCGAUUAGUCCGACGAUAGAGAGAAACGAACGGAACGAGAGACGCUUAUCCCGUGAUUCCGCGUGUCCUGUACCUGCUUUUUACGACGAUCGAGGGAUACGAUCGAGACGCAACCCAUCGUCAGACGUCACCGCGACCACGUGGCUCAGGUUAGGCAGUCUUUUGGUGAUCUUGCUGGUGGUCUCGGUGCACGCCGCUCCAGCGAUGACCCUCGAGGACAGACGACUGAGCUCGACCCCCAAGUGGGUGAAUCCUUGCGGCCUCGCGGCCGAAGAUUUUACCGGAGAUUUGGAAGUGGUGCAGCUUACGGAUUCGCAGCUCCUUCAUCAGGUCGUCGUUCAAGCGAAAACAGCGCUGAUGCACGCCAUACUUUUUCGCGACGAUUACGCUAGAAGAACGUACAAAAUCGACUUUGCCGAUCUACAUUCGACCUUUAAAGAUCAACAUUACGAUUGGCUUCCUGGCCCGAACGAAAUUCCCAAGGAACUAGGAGAGAACCUGAAUCAAGAAUACCUUGACAGAUUAGAACUCGAUACAGCCCUCAUCGACGCGUAUGAAUACAUGCAAAAGUAUGCCGUGGGUCUGGAACAGAUAGUUUGGGAUCAAGAGGAUCUUCAACUUGAGUUUCGCAAGCAAUUUAAGGAGACCGAAUACAAACUGCGAACGGUGCUGUGCGAGCUGCAGGUAGCGCUAGUGGAACGUCAACUGUCGUCACGGCCGGACGUGACACGGGACAUCAUGAAGUCUGAUUUCCGGAAAGUGUCAUCUUCGGAGACGUUUCGAAAUUUGCGCGAUUGGUUGAUCUUUCGGGAUUACAUGAACGGGCUGGAAUACGUGGUACAGGUGUUCGAACACCUACGCCGCGGACUUCAAUCCUGAGGGUGGCAAGGCGGAAGCCGAAGAAGGGCUACCAGGCGACGACUCGCCCAUCUCAGGAAACCGGACCAGCCCUACCUGGAUGGCCAUCUCUCGUCAUAAGAUCGGAGAAGAAAACAGGGGAAGAACCUCCAGGCGGUUCUCCAAGCAGGUCAGGGGCUUAUUUAACCCGUCUCGGUUCCAGUCGGAUGUGCCUCGAACGGCGACGAUCGGCCUGUCCGUCGGUCACCGGAUCAUCACCCAGUGUCGAACAACCGCGAAUAUAAAGUGAAACCGAUGGAUAUAUAUAUUCGUUCCAACCUGUGAAACGUGUGAAACGCGCGCCCGCGCGUGUGUGUGUGCGUGUAUACAUACAUAUAUAUAUAUAUAUAUAUAUCUCUGUUGCGAGUUGUCGUUGACUAAUCGCUAAGUGACGUUUUUUGGAAAAACGUUGACGAGAGAAUCGUGAAAGAAAAAUCGUGUCCACGUUUCCCCGUCCAUCUUCUACUACACGUAUACACGCACAUACACCUAUACACGAACACACACACACACAUGCCAUCGUCAUCGUCAUCGAGAAGAUCAUCCGGAGAUGCAUCCGGCGAAGAAGUGAGAACAGCAGGAAGAAGAGGAAGAGUCGUACGAUGAUCAACAGCCCGUUGGCUUUCGCCGCUGUAAAUUCGUAAUUCGUGUGCGAGAUAUAUACAUACAUACAUACAUAUAUAUAUAUAUAAAAUAUUGAAUUUCGCAUGCAUUUAUGCUAGCACGCGUUCCAUUGUGUGUUCCACGCGUGAAAAAUCCAUAUCCAAAGUAUAUAAUAAUCGUAACGUGAAAAGGAAUAUUGAUCGAUGACGGAUCGAAGAGGAAGAAGGAGUUUUAGAGAAGCAGUUUUUCGUCUUACCGUUCGUCAAUGAGAUUUUCCAUCGUCGGUUCAACGUAUUGUAUUUAGUUUCUCGCAUCGUUUGAUAGAGCUGCUUUUCCCCCCUCCCAUAUUUUUUUUUCUAUUUUCGACGAGUAAAUCUUUUUUUUUAUUAAAAUUACUCUUACAACGUUUUACCGGUGGACGCCUAGCUUUCUCCUUUUAUUCGUUAUUUCGACGAUAUCUAAUUUUUAAUCUUUAUAACGGAGAGUCAUUUUUAAUCGGCAAAAUUGUUCAAAAUAGAAAGAUUCGAUUCGAAAUGACGGAUCAUCGAUGAAGAUGGAAUCGUCGAUAAUCGUUCAUUUCGUACGUCUAAAAUACAUCUAUUUUAUUUUGAAUAGUUCUCCCCUUUAGAAAUGACGAUCUGUGUAUAUUUAUAUACAUAUAUAUAUAUUAUAUCGUUUUAUCUUGUUGGAAUAUUUCGAAAGCAGCGAUAUCAAGGAAGCGCGCGAUUCGAGGAGAUUCUUUUUUUUUUUUUUUAUUCAGGGAUCGGUUGAGAAACGAGGGGAAAGGAUAAGACGUGAAAGAGAUCGUGCCGAAAGGGGGAAGGAAGGAUUCGGAGGGAAUCCGUUUAAACGAGCUUGUACACCGCAGCGGUGUUAUUUAUCCUAAGUAUACAAGAAUAAUACAGUAUUCGCGCUUUAACUUAGAUUAUUCGCGUCGUAUGAAAAUAAAUUUUACGCGUACGUUUGUCGCGUGUAUCGCCACGCCACGCGAGCCGAGGAAACACGAGCACAAAAUCGUUGACAAUCGUUCAACGGAUCGAAACGCAAAACUUUCGACGAAUCGUUCGCGCCCCGUUCUUAAUCCUAUGUAAUAAUUUAUUAUCUAACUGUAAUAUUAUUAUAUUUGUAUUUAUUCAGAUUAUUUAUUUUAUUUUUGUAAAGAUUUUACAUGUCCGAUUAACUGUAUUUAAAGUGUCUAGUUGAGCUUAAAAUUAUCUAGAAGUAUAACAGAGAUACAGAAGGAUAUAUUAUUAUAAUUAUAAUUAUUAUUAUUAUUAUUAUUAUUAUAUUAUUAUUAUUAUUAUUAUUAAUUAUUAUUAUUAUUAUUAUUAAUAUUAUUAGUAGAAUUUUUUAAUAGUAUCGUAGGGGAAGAAGAAGGAAACGCACCGAAGCGGCCGACGCCAUUUUACGUUACGCGCCGCGCUGCUGCUGCAAUCUCCCUUCGCUUCACGUAUCUUUUCACGGUAUGCGGAUAUAGAAAUUUAUUUGAAGGAGAACGAUUGGCAAGAAAUUCGUUUCUCUCGUUAUUUUUUAUUCGUUGCGAGGAUUAUAUAUGCUGGCACGGUGAAAAGAAAAGCGUAAAAAAAAAAACAAAAACAAAAACAAAAAAAAAAACAAAAAUGAACAUUCGGUCAACGUUAAAUCGAUUUUUUUUUAUCCGACAUUGAUUCGAUGGAUGGCCUGUUGGAAAAAUCUCUUUUCCUUCUUUUUUCUUGUUCUUUUUUCUUUUUCUUUUUUUUCCCCUUCUUUUAUACAUAUAUACAAAGAGAGAAAGAGAGAGAGAGAGAGAGAGAGAGAGAGAGAGAGAGAGAGAGAGAGAGAGAAAGCUUCAUACUUCCGUUUUAGAUCUAACGAUAUCCGAGGCUGUUGCGGACCGAACGAAACGCGAUCUUCUACGAUAUCCGAAAGCGCUAUUUUAUCUUAAAAUUAUCUUUUAAUCCGGAGAGAAAUUUUAAUCGUUCGACCCAAUUCCAUUUUAUCGCUAUCGAUUUUUCUAUCUUUUUAUCCAAACUUUUCCUUUUUUUUUUUUUUUUUUUAUUUCAUCGACUUUCGUGUCUAGAAGAGAGCGUCGCGUUAAGUUUUGGCGUCGAUAUUUGCUCGAAGAAUAUAUUUGGCCGACCUCACAAAUUUUUCGUACUUACGAUUUAUCCUCGAAGCUUAGCAUAUUACAAGAUUUAAGUCCAAAUGUUGUGUCUUGUGAGAAAAAAAAAAAAAAAAAAAAAAAAAAAAAAAAAAAAAAAAAAAAAAAAAGAAGAUAAAAGUCGUCGUACCUUUUACGUCACGUUUUAAUUCUCGCGUGAUUGGCGGCCUAUAAGCUUACCGUAGGUAGAAGAAAUUGAUAGAAGAAAAAAAAUUCACGGGUUAAUCGCACUGUGUGAUUUUCUUUUCUUUUUUUUUUUUUUCUUCUCUUAAGUGUACGCGAAUUAAACGAAAAUUUGAAUUUUCAUAUCAUCGUAUCUGUGAUAUGCAUCGCCUCUCGUAAACAUUUAUCAUCUUUGAAUCGCACUAUCCGAGUCUUCUGCCGAGGGAGAAGUACCAGAGAAGCCAGAGCGCGUGUGUGAUUUAAUUUGAAAUAACAAGAGAGAGAGAGAGAGAGAGAGAGAGAGAGAGAGAGAGAGAGAGAAAGGGAGAAAAAGGCCGAUCUAUGUGGCAAUGUCGAUCUCAUAAAUCGAUCUCGAAUACGCAUUUUCCAUUUUUAUCACCACGCACAUUUUAUAUGUUUUUUUUUUUUUAUUUAAUAGUUAUUUAUCGUUUAAAAGUAUCGAUCAUUUUCUAGCAUCUUUUUCAUUUUUUUAAAAUAAGAAAGACUGCCACGUUUAAGUUCGAAACCGUUUCAAACAAUCGAGAUUAAUAUUUAAAAAUUAUUGUUCGUGCGAUCGGAAAAUUUUUUUUUUUUUCUUUUUCAACGAACUCAGUCUCAAUCAAAUUCGAUG